AUGGCGGCGCAAGGCGCCAACAAUGGGAACGGCGCUACCAGCAGGAUUGGAGACAUGUCAGAACUCCUGGGACUCUCGAAGCUGCAGGAAGUCCUUCAAAGCCUCGCUGAGGAGCAGGCCAAAGUCGAUGCGACACAGGAGAAGCAGGAUGAGAAGAUCUCGGCUGCCAGCACUCGACUCGACACGCUUGAACAGGGCUUGCAGGAGGUCACCUUGACCUUGGUCCCGGAACUGCAACGACAGCUUGAGAACAUCCAAGAGCAGUGCAAGGCCGUCGAGGAAGCAACUCGGAAACUUCGAGAUCAGGAGGCUCAGCUCACCAGCCAGUCGGCUCGCGUUGCUCUCUUGGAAAAGCAGGUGAACGAGCGCUUGUCCUCCUUGGAGGGCAAGGUGAGUGGCCUUGAGCUGAAGGAAGAGGAGCGCUACACCGAGGUCAAGCUCGCGAUCGCUUCUGUCCAGGAGGGCCAAACGCUCCAAGCCGAGGAGAUCAAGGCUGCAGAGGCUGCCCGACAUGAAGCCAUGCAGGAAGAGCGCCGACGUCAGCAGGAAGCAGAGGCCUUGCGUGAAAGCGAGCGGGCACAGCUCGAGGCGCAGCUGGCGCAGCAGGAGGCCGAUCGCCAAAAGAAGGAGGAGGAAGCAGAGCAGCGUCGCGCAGAUGAGCAAGCUGAACGACGCAAGCAACAGGAACAGGAGGCUCAAGCAGCAAAGGCUGCCAAAGAGGCCAAGGAGGCCCAGGAAGCCAAGGAACGUGCGGAUGCAGAGGCGGCUGCAGCACUGGCUGCGAAACAAGCCGCGGAGGCCUCCGUUGAGGCGGCUGCGGAGCCGGAGGAGAGCACUCAGCCAGUAGCACCGACUGCCUCGAGCAAUCCUCUGAAGAGACUGAGCGCGGCACAGAGAAACCAGCACAAACUUUGCAAAAAGAAGUUGAAGGAGAUCGAAGGUCUCCAGGCA